AUGUUGGAAAGUGCGAUAAAGAAUUAUACAGAUACGGUGAUUGAAAAAUCCAAUAAGGCUAAACGUCUAGAACUGGAUAGUAUCAAUUCUAAACUAUCAAACAUUGAGCAUGAUAUACAGAAUAUUGAUACGGAUAUAGCAGCACAAUAUCUGAGAGCGCUUGAUUCGUUUAAGACAAUAACAAACCAGAAAAUAGACGAUUUAUCAAACGAUUUGGGUGAUGUAAAAGGUGUCCUUGAAGAUUUAUUAUUAAACAAAGCGAUGGGUCCUAGAGAACAAGUCGUUAGGGAACUUCAUAAACCCGCUCGUAUUAAAUUCAAAAGACGAAGAUUUAUUCAGUAUGGUUUAGAUGAUACUUCUGCCACCGAUCUUGCUCAAUUAGAUCAAUAUUCUCGAGAGAAUAAGGGCUAUAAAUAUAUCUUGGUUGUGAUUGAUUGUUUUUCCAAAUAUCUAUGGGCAAAACCUGUAAAAUCAAAAUCUGCACCAGACAUUACUAAGGCCAUGGAAAUCAUAUUGAAAUCUUCAAACAGAAUUCCUAAAAGUUGGUGUCGGAUAAUGGCAAAAGUAUUACAACAGUCAGUUUCAAAAUUUGAUGAAAAAAUACAAGAUCCAACACUACAAUCGUUUACGUUGAAUGGGAACCAUAAAUGGCUGGAAUUACUAAAUAAAGUUACAGAAGACUAUAACGAUACGAAACACAGAACCAUUGGAAUGAAACCGAAGAAUGUGGAUAGUAAUAGUGAGAAGAAACUACUAGAUGGCGUUUAUAGUCAUAUUAAGGUAGCGGGAAAAUCAAAAUUUAAAGUUGGCGAUACCGUUAGAAUCUCAAAACAGAAACAUCUUUUUGAAAAGGGAUAUACGCCAAAUUGGACUACUGAGCUUUUCAAAGUAUCUAAAGUAAAAAUCACAAACCCUGUAACGUACCUUUUAGAAGAUUAUCAAGGUAAUCCCAUCAGCGGUGGAUUUUACGAAGAAGAAUUACAGAAAACUAAACAACCUGAAAUCUAUCUUGUAGAGCAAGUGUUGAAAAAGAAAGGAAAUAAAAUUCUAGUCAAGUGGUUAGGAUUCGACAAAUCACAUAAUAGUUGGAUUGAUAAAAGUAAAGACAUUGUCUAA